AACGUCUCGUUCAGCCCCAACCUCAAAUCUCAGCAGGUAUGGAGUGCCUUCUACAUCUACGCUCUGCUUUGCCACCACCACGCUCAGGGCACACGACUUGUGGUCCCGCACGAAGGCGAGCAGCACAAGUGCUUCAACGCAGCUAUGAAGCAGCGUAACCUAUACAUCGUGAACAGCGGCCAGGACGAGUUGCCCCAUUACUGUGACUUGUGUAUGCGCAUGUGGAGGAAGACUGACAGCACCGGCAAGGAAACAGAUAAGUGCCAAAUGGCUGUCUCGGACGGCAUCACCAUUGGCCACUACAUAUGCAAAACUUUCCGGUGCACAAAGGCGCCAAUCAGCACUCGCGAGCCGUGGUGUGAACAGUGCAAGAAGGAAAACCUCGCCGAUCUCUGCACCGUUGUGGGCUGCAACUGGCCCAUCGUUAUGACUGUUCAAACCAAGAAGACAUGCGAUGAUGAGGAGCAUCGCACGAUGGAGGUUCAAAGUUCGGACCGCGCCAAGUUGAUGUUCGCCCUCAAGAGCCGACUCGCUCGCAGCAGGACAUCGCGUCCCGAAGCCACCGUUGACGACACGGCAUUAGAUGGUGGUGAUGGGGGCAUUCUCGAUGACACCGUCGACUGGUUUGACCUUGACGAAGAUGGAAACAUCAACCACAAACCGACCGCUAACCCGACAAACAUCGGUGUACCCGACGCAGGACCCAAACAGCUUGCUGAGGCAGGCGCCCAUGCCAAGAAGCCCAAACGUAUGAGAAUUCUCCUCGGAAGACGUCGAUCGUACUGCGAGGUGACCAUCGUGCACCCUUGUGGUGUGAUACUUGCUCGCAGCACUUUCUACGGUGCCGAGGCGGUUUCAAACGUCCUUAUCAUGGUUAAAAAGGUGUUCAGCCUCCCGGGAGCCCAGAAACCAGACUUCUGGGUAUACGACACCGCUUGCGAAGCCAAGCAGCAAGCCAUGGGCGACCCGUGGUGGGAUGACGUCAGGAUGGUAGUCGACGUAUGGCAUCUCUUGAACAAACAUAAGACAACGCACGAGUUUUGCCAAAAACACUGCAACCCCGCCGCAUUCCCUGAGCUGCUGAAGGACGAGGACGAGGGCAAGGGCAAGGGCAAGGGCUGGUGGUUCAACACCAGCGUUGCCGAGCAGAUCAAUGUCUGGCUUGGUUCCUUUCACGCCAUUGUUCGUGAGAUGUCUCCUGUUCGCUACAACUUUUUUCUAGAUGAAAUGGUUCGCCUUCAUAAUAUAGAAGUGAUAGCAAACUUGAAGGCUAAGGGACAU